GAAUGGCAACACCAACCGCAACAUCCCUCGCCUCAACCACAACCUCCACAUCAAUACCUUCCUGCACAACCGCCGUCCCCGGAAAAUACGGCUAUGUCCCUCCUGAUGCCUGUAACUCAUACUAUUCCUAUAGCCCUAGUUUCGCCGCAGCAGUUGCCUUCGCCGUCCUCUUCGGCAUCGUCACUAUUGCUCAAACCAGCCAAGCGUUUGUCUAUCGCAAAGGUUUCUGCUGGGUGAUUAUCAUGGCAUGCUGUUGGGAGUGGGCAUCCUUUAUCACUCGCGCCCUCGGUUCCCACAACCAGCAAUCUCUUGCCUUGGCCUUCGUCAGCCAGCUCUUGUUUUUGCUUGCGCCCCUGUGGAUCAAUGCGUACGCAUACAUGACUGCCGGUCGACUGAUCUGGACAUUCCAUCCUUUGAAGAAGAUAUACGGCAUCAAGGCUAUCAGCAUUGGGAAAUACUUCGUCUGGCUUGAUAUCCUGUCCUUCCUCGUCCAAGGCAUUGGCGGCUCGAUGCUUUCUCCGGGAUCUUCUGCUGAUACCCAGAAGCUUGGAAAGAACAUCUACAUGACUGGGGUUGGCAUCCAAGGGGCUUUCAUUCUCCUCUUCACCGUGCUUAUUGCACGCUUCCACGUCGAGUAUCUACGCCUCCAGAACACCGGAGCCGUCCCGACGGCCAAAAAUAAGAAGUGGAUGUGGCUUACGUGCGCACUCUACGUUGUAUUAGCGCUCAUCAUCAUGCGAAUCGUCUUCCGCCUAAUCGAGUUCUCCGCGGGCGUAGACAUCUCGAAUCCGCUGCCCUACCACGAAAUCUACGCGCUCAUCCUCGACGCUUUCCCCAUGCUUCUGGGUAUCGUCAUUCUUACAGUCAUCCAUCCCGGCAUGGUUCUCCAGGGGCCUGAAUCCGAGUUCCCAUCUCGCAAGGAGCGCAAGGCGGAGAAGAAGGCUAAGAAAGCUGAGAAGAAGGCGCGUAAGGAAGAGAGGAAGAUGGCGAAGAAGGGAUUCAGGUCCCAGGGACAGGACACCCGCUAUUAUGGAAACAGACACUAG